GCGAUAUGACGUCACGUUGCCGUAGAAACACGAGCGCGUCGGCGCUCUCGGCUAGCUAAAGGCUAACUGUUGACAAGCUGUCGCGCGGCAUGUCUGUAGCUUCGCAGCGUUCAUUUCCUUCAACGCUCCGAUGCGAACGAGUUGACUGGUCGUCGAACCAGUUGACGACACGUCUUGUCCCCCGCCAGUGUGCUCUGAUUGUCGGCUGAAAGACGAGCCAGUGUCGCUUCGUGGUCCGAGUCGUGCUAACAGGUGCUAACAGGUGCUAACAAUAAAGUCUACAGACAGCAAGAGAGGAUGGAGGCAGUGGAGCAGCUGAGGAAGCAGCUGGACGAUGAAGACCUGAACCCUGAGCAGAGAGUCGACCUGCUCUGCAGCAGCGUUAACGCGGCUCUGAACAUGGCAGCGCUGCAGAGUGACAGCAGUGCGUUGACUCGAGUCAAGUCUCAGUUGUAUCACAGCGGCAUCCUGAGUCACUGCGUCCUCGUCCUCGCUCCAGAUUCCAGAAGGCCAAGGGGCAACUGGGCCGCCGCCGCCACACUCGCCCAGCUCACCAGCUCCUGCUGUGUCGGGUUGGACCCUGGUAAACAGUCGAAGGCCUUUCACAGGCUCUUCCUGCCGCAAGUCGUGGACGGCCUCCUCGGAUUGGCCGGUCAGCUGAUGAGGCGAGCGCAGUCUUUGUCUAUGUUCAGGAAGGUGAUGGAUUCCGUCGGCUGGUUGCUCAGAGCUCACACUCGUCUCACCGCUCAGGUCCUCAGCUCUGUCCACUACGAGCAGAUCCAGAUGUGUGACGAUGUGAACGUGUCGCUGCUCUGUGUCCAGAUGUGGAUCCAAACUUGCACAGCUGGAAGGGACUUCCUGUCCAGCCUGAGUGACGACUCCAUCCUGUUGCUGCUCAACGAGGUCGUUGGCCUAUUGGCCAUCAGCUCCGACGCGGCGGUGAGCGGGGCCUCCGUCAGACUCAUUCUCCUCAUGGCCAAUCAGCUGGAGCAUCGGCUCCAGCCCCUCCUCCUCAGCUUCCGAGGCCUAGACAACCUGCUGGACAAAGACUGGAGGGGGCGGGGCUUUGACCAGGAUGUGGAUCAGCUGAUUACACUCAUCCGAUCAGACAGAGGCAUGACGAGUCCCUCUCAGGUGAGCACUGAGCGAAUGCGGGCGGCGUGUGUGAUCCAGGCGGCGUGGAGAUCGUAUCAGACCCGACGCAGAGUGAAGAGUCUGAGCAGAGCCGUCGGAUCACUGCAGAGGAGAUACAGGGCUCGUCGGAGGCAGCAGCAGCAACAGAAGGAGGCUCAGCAGUGGGAAGAGGAACUAAAGUACCAGGUGUGUGUGCGACGUCUUCAGGCGAGGAGGGCCUUCCACCAAAAACAGCGACAGCUGCUGCAGUUACUUCCUCCUGACCAGGUGCAGUCGUACCUGCAGGAGUGCGAGCAGCGUGCGGCUGUGGUGAUCCAGAGCUUCUGGAGAGGCUUCGCAGAGCGACGACGCUACAACAGCUCACAAAGAGACACACUGAGGCAGCAGCGAGCCGCCAGGACACUGCAGAGAGCGGUGCGUCGCUUUCUGCAGAAAAGAAGUGUGGCGAAAGCCCUGCCAAUCACACCUUUCUGGAUUGGUCAGAGAGGUUUGACGGACAACAGGAGGGUGGAGCUGAAGGCGCAGGUGGAGGAUUACAUUGCGGUGCAUCCUUCGUCCCGUGUGUCUUCAGCAGAGUGCCAGCGUCUCCAUGAGGAGGUGCAGCUGCUGCUGCUGUCGGAGCUGCAGAGAGGAGGUCAGAGGAGGAGGGAGGAGCAGAGGAGGGAAGCUCUGCUGGCUCACACACACACUCAGCUGGAGCUGCUCAGAGAUGCCCCGCCCCUCUCCGUCGUCACAGCAACAGUCGCGGACUCCUUCCUGAGCCCCUCGGGUCCCUACGCCGCCCGUGCCCGGGAUGCCCACAAUGCCGUGCUGCAGGCGAGCCGGCUGCCCUGGUGGAGGACGCUGGGGGAGCCGGCGGACGCGCUCUGCCCUGCCCAACUGCAGGAGCUGGAGGCGGAGUUUGGAGGACUGUUUGUCGGAGGGUCAGCGAAGGUGGACCGACCUUUGACCUGAAGACAGAGUCGGAGACAAGCUGCAGACUCAGGUUCAUCACACACAGGUGUAAUAAGACUCUGCUGCCAUCUAGUGUCGAAGCACAUAACUGGCUGAAACAUUCAAACACCUGCUUCAUGAUCAGGGUUUUACAGUUUCAAUUUAUUUCUCACCAAUAAAUGACAAGAUUAAAAUGUUCUAUUAGAAUAA